CAAGACCUCGAAAUUUAUUGAACCGUGUAAUAACAGACAUACAAUAGUUUGGUGUUUUGUCAUCAAUAUUGGAAAUAUAUGACAUUCCAGUACCGCUGACCUGUUUUGAUGUCUCAGAACAGAAUGACCUGCCGCUAUGUGGACUACUUUGUGAUUCGACGCUGCAGUUAGCUUGAUUUGUUGUUAAACUUGUUUGACACUUGUUGCACAUACCAGUCGAAACUUUCCUGAAUCAUGUUUUGAACAGUAUACACAGCAAAAUCCUGUUCGCACUUUCUACGUUAGCUGAUAUAGACGCAGACACUGACAGUCAACGUUGUUAAGUUACCUGUGUAUUUAUAAACAGCUUAAUUCGGGAAACUCCGGUCCAUGAGCUUGUUUUGAGAAGGUCUUAAGGGUGUUUUCAUUUUACAUAUAUUAAACUGGACUUCAAUUCGAUAGAUUCCUACAAGAAUGGAUCUGACUGAAUCAAUUACUGGUCUUUAUAGAUUGAAUUCGGACGUUGGUGUGGGGAAUGAGACGGAGAUGUCGAACAUGAGCCCUGGCGAGACGGGUACAGACGACAACUCACAAGAUGCCGGAGGGAUGCAGAGGGCGGAGAGUUCAGAGGCACUGAAUCUCACGCUACAUCAGUGUGCACGAGAUGGCAACUUGUACAACAUGAAGAUUCUUCUGCGACAUCUUGGGGGAAAUGUGAAGAGGAAGAUCAACCUUCAUGACGAUGAUGAGCUGAGUCCGCUCCACUACGCGGCUCGCUACAAUCAUCUUAACGUCAUCAAACUGCUGCUGGAGAACGGAGCAGACGUGAAUGAUAAAGGAGAAGAUGAUGUGUCUCCACUGCAUUACGCUGCCAGAUACCGCCGAGAGAAAAAGAAGAAGGAUGCCAGUCCAGAAGCAGCAUCCAUUGAGGUGGAUGAGAUUGCUGCUAAUGACUUACCACUGUUGGAACAACUGGAGCUUGAGGUGGCAGGAGAUAGCUGCAUUAUGUACCUCGUGAAGAAUGGGGCCAGGAUUAAUGCCAGGGAUAUAUACGGUCAAACACCACUGCAUUUUGCUGCUAUGAGAGGGAAUGAACUGGCAGCUAAAGAUCUUCUUGGUUUCACAGGCAAAAUUGAAAUAGAGGCGAAAGACAAACAAGGGAUCACCGUUCUGCACAUGGCAGCGAUUCACAACCAGGUGGAGGUGGCCCAGAUGCUGAUAGACGCCGGAGCCAAUCUGCGUUGUCUUGACAAUGAAGACUCGACGCCACUGCACCAUGCGUGCUCAGAAGGAAAUGAAGUGUUCGUGCGCAUGUUGUUCGAGGCUGCAGCUAAAACACCAGAAGGCUGGGUCAUGAUUUCCAAUAUGGUGACGGACAAGGAUGUGGAGGGAAGCACCUGUCUCCACAUAGCAGUAGACAAUGGACAUUAUGAAGUGGCCAAGCUUUGCUUAGAAAAACGAGCUGAUGUGAAUGUGCCCAGGAAACAUUACAUGAAUCCCCUACAUCUGGCUGCCAUCUCGGGUGAUAUCCGCAUUGUCCGGCUCCUGGUCGAACACAACGCCCGCAUUGACGUGCUCAAUGAUGAACAAGCCACAGCACUGCACAAAGCAGCCCAGUUCGACCAUACGGAAGUGGUCAAGUAUUUGGUUGAAAGAGGAGCUCGUAUAAACCAGCGUGACAAGGAUAACUACACACCACUUCUGUUAGCUGCCACAUACGGACAUGUGGCUACUGUUGAGCUACUGCUGACCAAGGGGGCCGACUACACUGUUGUCGACAAAGACGAUAAAACGGUCAUCUUCUUGGCAGCAGAAGAAAACAAAUUAGCUGUACUGAAGAAACUCUUGUCAUAUCAUCAAGUACGACGUCUGAUCAAUUUCAGUGAUAAAUACGGCAAUGAUCCUCUCCAUAUUGCAGCCCAGCACGGUUUCCUGGAAAUAGUGCAGUGCCUUCUUCUUCAUAAUGCUGACCUUGACAGUAAAAAUGAAGAGGAACAGACGCCACUACAUCUUGCAGCCCGAUAUGGAAGAACCAACACCGUACGAGAAAUAGUGAAAAAGGACAAAUUGUCAAUUAAUGACGAAGAUGAAAAUUCCAACACCCCUCUCCAUCUGGCAGCGUUAUUUGGUCAUGACAACACUGUGGCAGCACUGCUGGAGUUCGGAGCUGAUGUCGCUGGAAGGAACUACAGUCAGUGGACCCCACUAGACUUGGCUGCCUCAAAAGGCUGGUCGAAAACAUGCCGAAUCCUUCUUGAAGCAGAAGCACCUAUUGACCCAAUGGACAAAACUAAUACGACACCUCUUCACCUGGCGUCCAAGCACGGACACCCUGGAGUGGUGGAGCUCCUCAUAGAGUGGGAUGCUAACGUCGCUCAGAAAGAUUCAGAAGGAAAUAACUGUCUCGAUUUGGCCAUUGAUAAUAACCGCUCAGACGUUGCUCUAUCAAUACUCAACUCCGAUGUGUGGCAAGAAGCACUGAGAAAUGCUAUACUGGAUUUACGUACAGGCUGUCUCGACACACCGAUGAGAAAACUCAUCAGAAAGAUGCCAGAAGUGUUUGAUCGUUGUCUCAGUUAUGGUGGAGAGAAAAAUCCUGAGAGAUUGGAAUAUGAAUUGACAUUCAACUAUGAGUUUCUGGAUGAUAUAUAUGUCAACUGGAUGGACCCAAAGUAUGGAGUUGGCAGUGAGACGGGCUCCUCUGUGGGUGAGGCGUUUGAUGACGAUGACAAGUUGUUGUCCGAAGCCAAGCCCUAUUCAAGUGAUUCUAACAUCCUGAAGAGGAACCACCCCCUCAUGAUCAUGGUGACGACGAACCGGGAGGAUCUGCUGGCACACCCCCUGGUGACAUCCCUGCUCACCCACAAAUGGGACACAUUCGGCAGCUUCAUCUACUACCUGCUGUUCCUCAUCUACAUCCUCUUCCUCGUCUUCCUCACCGGGUUCAUCGUCUCUACCAAAGCACCAUGGGAAUACUCCCCAAAUACAGUUAAUGCCGUCAACAGUGAAGAUUGCACAUUAAUAGAUCCUAAUGAUGUCCAACAUCUUUUCGCCAAGAUUGGAAAAUAUGUUGUGAUUGGCCUAGCAGCAUUCAAUUUGUUAAAAGAGUUGUUGCAGAUUUACCAGGCUAAGCUUGGUUACCUGGGCUGGACAAACCUGAUAGAGUGGAUCAUGUUCGUGACCUCUCUCUUGUUGGUGAUUGACUUCAAUGAAUGUAUGCGCAUCUCCGGAUACAGAUAUCCGUGGCAGUGGCAGGUUGGUGCAGUGGCAAUCUUCCUCGCCUGGAUGGAUCUUGUGCUGUUCAUUCAGAAGUUUCCACGGUUUGGCAUCUACGUCGUCAUGUUCACCGACAUCCUCAACACCUUCAUGCAGUUCUUCAUCGUCUUCUUGCUCUUCAUCGUCGCCUUUGCGCUCUCAUUCUACACACUUCUCCGCAAUCAGCAUCAAUUCAAAACAGUUUCUCGUUCCCUUAUAAAGACAUCGGUAAUGAUGAUAGGAGAGUUUGAGUUUGAUAGCAUCUUUAACGGUCAAGACUCUGGUUCUGGUGAUGACAUCAUUUACAGUGAAGCAACAUACCUGAUAUUCGUCAUCUUCCUCAUUCUGAUGUCCAUUAUCAUCAUGAACUUGUUGGUCGGUCUGGCUGUUGAUGACAUCAAGGCAGUACAGGAGCAGGCAGCUCUCAAGAGAAUGGCAAUGCAGGUUGAAAUGGCUUUGGAUGUUGAAAGGAUAAUACCGGAUUUUGUUCGCCGAAAGUUCCACAUUCUGAAGAAGACGAUAAAACCAAACAUGAUGUACAACAAUCCUCUGUCGCGUCUCAUCCAUGCCGGAUCCAUCAUGUCCUCUGAGGCUAUACAGAAAGCUCUCAACCCAGAGCUGGAUGAAAUUGAGAAGGUCCAGCAGACCCAGGAGAAACAGGGUACGGAUAUAAAGAAAAUGAAGCGCAUUGUGAAAGACAUUCAGGUCCAGAACUCGCGGAUCGAGAGCAUGCUGCGUGCCAUCAUCGCCCAGUCGGACAACAUCACCUGGCAGGAGGAGGACUUCCAGGAGGAGGACGAGGAGAUCGAGGAGGACCUCAACCAACUCAUGGCCAUCUAGUUGUCAUGGCGAUGGUCGGUGUCUUGACUUUUUACCUCAACCAGCUGAUGGCUAUCUAGUUGUCAUGGCGAUGGUCAGUGUCUGACGUUUGACCUCAACCAACUGAUGGCUAUCUAGUUGUCAUAGCGAUGGUCUGUGUCUGAUGUUUGACCUCAACCAACUGAUGGCUAUCUAGUUGUCAUAGCGAUGGUCAGUGUCUGAUGUUUGACCUCAACCAACUGAUGGCUAUCUAGUUGUCAUAGCAAUGGUCUGUGUCUGACGUUUGACACCAACUUCUAUAUAGCCACCAUCUGAGACUUGCAUGAGCUGCUGUAUAGCAACUGUCAGUGUCUUACACCAACUGCUGUAUAGUGACAGUAAUGUGUUACACUAACUGCUAUAAAGUGACAAUUUAUGUUUUACACUAACAGCUGUAUAGUGACAGAUUUUAUGUUAAGCUAACGGCUAUAAAGUGACAGUCUCUGUAUUUUACCCUGUUAUAUAGUGACAGUCUUUGUUUCAAACUGUCAUAUUUUUUUAUAGUGACUGUUUUACACCAACUGCAAGAGUUAAAUAAGCUGUCUGCAUCAUGUUUAAAUUACGAAGUUCACAUUUCUGUUGGCCCUAUAUGGUUGCUAAUCUUAGUAUUUAUUAAUGACGGAGGUGAGUCAUAAAUAUUAAUGUAAUGUUGCUUGAUGGCAUUGAUAAACAAGACCCCACACUCCAAACCCAGACCAGAAAUGGUGGGGGUGGGGGGUACAGUGCUUUAGCAUCUUUGUAACUCUGCACUGGGACAGAUUUGAUGGCUUGUGUGUGUGUGGGGGGGGUGUGGGUGUGUGGUUAAUAGACAGAUUUAGGGGAAAUAAGGCCUUGCAUUAGGGCUACUUUAAUUGAUGAAUGCUACCUAGAUGUAUUUUGAUACACUUGAAUUAAGAAAUGUCUAAAUCGGCUAACACAAUUCAGAUUAUGGAGACAAUUUUGCAGACCAAAUAAAUGAGCAUUCAUUUAGAAGCUGCUAUUCAAAGUGUGUAAAGAAUGUAAGCUGUAACCCAACAAAGUAAACAUUUUAUUUUUCUCUAGUAAUACCAAAGACUUUUUAAUGGUAAAAAUGUGAAGUUGUUUUUAAGAGAAAAACAUCCAUUAUUUAUAUUAAAAAUACAAGUCAAGUAUGUUUAUAAAGGCCAUCUAAUAGAUCUAUUAUAUGUACAAUACAUGACCUUUAUGCAAAGGUGGUCAUUAUGUACAAGUGAAAAUACAUGCCUUUGUACAUAAUAGGAAUAUCUUUUCUGAAGUGCCCUUUAUAAACGGGUAAUUGCUAUGCAAGGUGGCCUUUAUAGCAAAUCUGACCAUACAUGUAAACACUCUAUUCUGAUCCUUGUUCAGUGAAACAAUGCACCUGUUAAACAUCAAUGUUGUUGAUGGGAACUUUAUUUAUAGUCUAGACGACACUGUACUUAGAUGUAAUGAUCCAUUUGCUCAUUUGUCCAUGUGAUAAUGGGAAUUAUAACCCUUAAUGUUGAUUAUUUUUUUAUACAAAACAUCAAGAAUGUGCAUUUUUAACUCCUACUUAGUUUUAUAUAUUUUAUUCAAUGUUUUUACAUGAUCAAACUAGUAUAUUAUGUGAAGACGAUGCAACAAGAAUAGUGUAACUCACUCAUUGUCAAUAAUGAGGCUUUGUUAUUGUAAUACCUACAUCUUACAUAGGGCGUGUCAUAUUGGAAUGUACAACGUUUAAUAUUCGGAAACAAAUUCUUGCUAAUGUCAUAUACAUUUGAGUACAAGUAUUUUCAAAAUUGUUUUCCCUUUUCCCUAUAUUAAUCCAAAUUAAAGUCAUCGACAAAUUUCUAAAACUUAAUAUGUCCAUUGCACUGUGUAGGAUGUGGUAUAAAUGUAUUCAAAGAUAUUAACAUGAACACAACAUAGGCCCUACUUAUUGACUGAAUUUGUGCUGUCUGAAAAUGAAUUAUUAUAUAUUUAUUUGAUUGUUUUGUGUUAGAAUGAAAAUAAAUAACUUUACUACAUAUACAAUUAAUUUUUAUUAACAGUUUUUGUAAAUUAUAACCAAAUCCCAAUUUUCUCAAACUUACAAAUGGUGGAUUGCUAGGUUCUUGUACUGUGAUCAUUAUUUCUACUAAGGUAUACAAAUUACCUAAACUAAUCAGUCAAAAUAAGCCUAGUUGAUAUUUUUACAUAUUUGUGUGUACUUGGUUACAGUUCCAUUGUUGUAAAAUGCCGAUUUCAACAAUUGUAUAUAUUUUUGUAUUACAUGUAGGUAUGUACUAUAUUAAGAAUAUAAUGUAAAAUUAUUAAAGAUUUUGUUGAUACAUUAUAAAGAUUCAGUCUCGAGAACAGCAUAAAUUUGAGAGAAAAAAUAAGUACAAAUGACGCAAUUGAUUUUCUGUAAAGAAAUGUAUUUUAACAAUGUUUUUUUCUAUUAUUGUAACAGUUGUAGUUGUAUUAUUAUAAUAUUGUGUUGUAAUGUGUUUUGAUACUUUUUAUUGCCUUCUGUUUUAUUUUAAUAUAUGAAUCAAUUAUCAUAAUAAUUUUAGUGGUUUUAAUAUUUCUCACUUUUAUAAUUAUAGUUAUUUGACCAUUGUUCUUUUUAAGAAUCAGAUUUCAAAACAUGUACAUUUUUUUAUAAUAAUAUUACAUGUACCCCGGUAUUAUAUAUAUUUUUUCUAUUUCUGUUACCUAAUGUGUAUGCUAACCACAAUUUUGACGAAAUAUCAGGUCUAUGCGGCUUCUGACUAGCUCAGAAAUGGUAGAUCUGAUAAUAGAAUUGGUUGACCAAAUGUUUACUUAAUAGAUUGGAAUUAAUGUUUUUUCUUUUAAUAUCAGUGUUUUUGCAUUUCAAAAUAGUAUUUUUGACUGGAAACACACAUGAAGAAAUAUUUAAAGAAAUAGGAGACUUGCUCACAAUAACUGCUGAUACAUAAAGGUGCCAAAUCUCGGAUGCAUUCGUCACACUAUAGACAAUCGCAGCAGCAGCUUUUGUAUGUAUCUUUCAACUUAACAUUUGUAUUGCUCCAUUUCUAACAAACUUAAGUCUUACACAAUAAAAUGUGUGAAUUAGUAGCACCUGUGGAUACCAUUUAUGUUUUAAAACUUUAAAUUAAUUUUUAAUUUUAAACCAGAUUGUGGUAUAUGCGACAUUUAAUUCGGCAGAAUUCAUUCUUAGCACCAAAAAACCCUAACAACAAACAAAAAACCUGUUCAGUUUAGGAAAGAUAUUAAUGUGUACCACAGGAAUGGUCAGAAUUUUAAAUUUGGGGGCCACUGAAACAAACCCCCCAUCAUAAUAAAACCUGUUAGGAUUGUGGGGAUGUGGGUAAUUUCGGGCAUGCUUCCAUCAGAGAACUUUUCAAGCAUGCCUGUCAUGGGCAUAACCUCUUGACUUUGCCAGAGUUCUGUCCAUGACAGGGACUGUUAAGAUUGCAAGACAGGCCAAUAUAUAAGGUAGAAGGAGAAAAUGAUAUCAUUGGAGUAGUGGAGGCUAUGCCAAUGAUGUGUACAUGCUUUUCUGUCAGAGAUUAGUCUAAUUCACAGGGUAUAUUAUUUGAAUGUAAAAUGUUAAAGUUUGAAAUAUUCAAAAUAACUUACCGUAAAAAUAACCAAUGCCAAUGCCUGUUUAUUCUCAUUUCAAAAAUAAAUAGCCAUGUAAAUGUCACAACAGGUCAUUAAUUUAACUGGAUGUAAAUAAUCGUAUUCACCAGACUCGUUGGCUGUUUUAUAAAUUAUCAUCACAACAAUUGACAUGCAGUUAUUUUGGUCACCAUAUUUCCUGAAAUUGAUAUUUUGUGUCUGUUCUUAAUUUACUAUAGAUAAUGAAACCAGUAGUAUAAUUGGAUGACACAUGUAGAGCCGGAAAAACCUAAGUAUACGGUAUGGGCAUUGGCUUGAAAACUCUGCUGUAUGAUAAAGAUUAUCACUUGAAAGGCCAGAUCAUCUAGUUGACACGUGUUUCUACUGUUUAAGCAUAAACUGAGAUGCAGGUGAGGAUGUACAAUAUGUACAUUACUACUUCGAAACUGAAGCAAAGAACAAAUAUUGCAUAUUUAACAUACGGGUUAUCAUUACAGUAACUGUAGUUUUAAUAGACCUAUUUAAAAAUUACAGGCAAAAUAAAUGCUGGUUAUUUAAUGGUCAUUCAUUUUUCACACAUUCAGAUAUAUUAUGCAUAAUAUUGCUUACUAAUCAUAAAUUUUUCAGAAAUUGUUUUGCUUAUGCAAGUGUUAUCAAUAUUGUGCAAGUUUUACACAUAACUAGGAUAAUCUUUAAUGUGCUAAUACUGAAUAACUGAAAUAGGAAUCAUUGUUAGUGUUGGCUUGCUUUGUUUAUUUUGUUACACAGAGUUAAUUGAAAUGAUAAACAGCAAUAUUUAAUACCUCUGAUUGUCAAUGUUGAAGAAAAACAUAUUUCAACAAUUUCAAAUUUUUUUCAGUGUUCUGUAAACGUGUAUUAAUUUAUAUACAUAAUAUAUAUAUAUAUGUAUGUAUAUGUAGACUAUCCAAAUGUGCCACAAAGUGUUGUAUUUAAUUCAUAAAGCAAAAUAACAGUUCAAGUUGUCUCUUCAAUCAUAACAGACACCUGUCUCUAUAUAUAACUUUUAAUUAUAUUUAAUUAAUAUAUGUAUAUGUUAAUUUAGGAUUUUCCUUCUGUUGCAUCCCUUUGGUCAUAAUUGCUUAUUUAGUUCACAUAAAAAAAUGUAUUAUUCUUCAUUUUAACACUCAAAGCUGGACACUUUUCCACUCUGUUACAUAGUAUUAAGAAACAUAGGGACAGAUUUAUAUGUUGUAUGAAAGCAGUAACCUUUGAUAUUGACAACAUGACAGUUCAUACAAGCAGUUAGCUGCAGAUUAGUAAACAAUAUUAGUUUGACUUAUUUAAUUAAUAAUUAAUUACAUUAAAUAGCUAGUAAACUAUGAUUCUCCGAAAAUUGGGUAAAACAGUUGUACAAACUAACAUUUUUAUUUUCUAAGACCAGCUUGUAUACUAGACCAAGUUGAGUUUUACCAUAAUUGCAUUUACAUUACUGUAGUCUCAAUUGUGUUUUAUUAGUACAAUGUACUAACAUCAUUCAUGUGAGUCAAUAAUAUUGUUAAUACUUAGUUGUACUAUCCAACUUGUAACUUGUAAAUUAAUAUAAUUGUGUAAACCUUGUAAAAGUGAUAUAGCAAGUAUAGUCCAUGUAUAUGUAUUAUUUAUACUGAUGUCUGAUGCAACCGAUUAUACUACAGGGGAAGGUUUGGCAUAUCAUUUCUAAACUCUUGCCUAAUUGGCAAAAGUCUGCUGACCUUUAAUUAAUUAAUUUUGUUGACUUUACAUAAUUAUAUGUCCAUAUUUUAUGUUUAUGAGAUAAUAGCCCAUGGCAGUCGGGACAUUUUACACAUUUGAAUAAUUUCCCCAUUUAGUUUCUAAAAGUACUAAUCAAAAUUAUACCCAGGUGAUUUUCCAGUCUUAUAUACUAGUUAUGAAAAUCCUUGCAAUUAUCAUGACCUGUUAUGGUAUUCAAACAACCGGUACCUAAAAUGACAAUAAACAAUAAACGAUCUGUUAUAGAUAGAAAUAUGAGAUUUAUUUACAAUUUUACUGCAAAACAUAUGUAAUAUGAAACAGACUAUAACACCAAGUUUGAUAUUGAACACCUUGAGAUCACCCCUCUGCUUAGCUUAGUACUUGUGAUUUCACCUGUCAAGUGUAAUCAACAUAAACCUGGGUGCUAUAGUCUGUUCCAAAUUACAUAUGUUUUGCAGUAAAAUUGUAAAUAAAUCUCAUAUUUCUAUCUAUAACAGGUCAUUUAUUGUCUCUUUUUUUUACCGAUGUUUGAAUACCAUAACAGGUCAUGAUAAUACUGACACAUCUUUAUGUUUUUUAUUCCAGGGAUUUUCAUAACUAAUAUAUAAGAUUGAAAAAUCACCUGGGUAUAAUUUUGAUUAGUACUUUAGUUCAUUCUAGUUUUGUUUAUGAUGGGUAAAGGCCUGCUUUUCCAUAAUUUAAAAAAUAUUGCUCAUACAAAUUAUACAUAUUAUUUUUACAUCAGUGCCUUUUGUUGCAUUGUCUCAAAUGAGUUGUCAGCUUUAUUAUUACAUUAAAAAACAUUUCUUUACACAUUAAUCUCAAGCUGAUGCCUACUUUUGUCAAAUGUUUAUGAAUCUAUGUUUCUCAUACACUUGUAUAUUUUAUAUGUAUAUGUUAUAUUAUUCUAAACAGUAUCAUUUCACUUAUUCAUGUUACAUAUUUUAAAAUAUAUGAAUGUUUAUAUCACCAUGUAUCGAUACAUAGACAACAGUUACUGUGAUCAAUAAAAAUGCAUGUACUUCUUUA